UCCAUUUCUUUCAUAACAGAAUUCCCCUUCCAUUCCCAUAUAUAUACACACACAUACAGUCGUAUUAUAAACAUUCUGAAAGAAGAAAAAAAACCUAUAGAUAUAGAUAUAAUUCAAUAUGACUGGAACCUUACAACCAUUAGAUAUCACCACAAUUCAAAUUCCAUACCAUUUCCGCUGCCCAAUUUCACUCGAACUCAUGACCGAUCCAGUCACCGUCGCCACCGGUCAAACUUACGACCGCUCAAGCAUUGACUCAUGGAUUGCCACCGGAAACACUACGUGUCCUGUCACGCGCCUUCCUCUCACCGAUUUCACUCUCAUCCCUAACCACACGCUCCGACGUCUCAUCCAAACCUGGUGCGUGGCUAACCGUUCCUACGGCGUACAACGUAUUCCCACGCCCAAACAACCGGCUGAUCCGGUCACCGUUCAGUCGUUGCUUAAAACGGCGUCGUCGGCGAGUAUGUCACGGCACGUGAGAUUAUCCGCAGUUCGUCGGUUACGCCAAUUGGCGCGUGACUCGGAUAAAAACCGGUUAGUUAUUUCCACGCUUAAAGCGUGUGAGAUUUUAAUCGAACUUUUGUUUUCAGAAAAUAACUGUAACUCGUGUGAAUUGACUCACGAGUUGCUCUCUGUUCUAUCUUCUUUAUCUUUUACCGAAAGCGAUUGUGCUCUUAUAUCUUCAAAACCGGAAAGAAUUACUUUUCUAAUUUCAUUAUUAUCAAGUUCAAAUUCAUCAAUUGAGGUUAGAGUCAACACCAUCGCGUUGUUAGAAACCGUCGUCACCGGAACUGUAUCGUCGGAGCUCCGAGAGAUUAUCACAAAACACGACUCAAUAUACGACGGAAUUAUCGGAAUUCUAGACUAUCCAUUGCCGUAUCCACGUGCUUUAAAAGUAGGAAUCAAAGCUCUACUAGCAUUCUGUAUGAUCAAAAAUAACCGCCACAAAGCAGUGGAAGCCGGAGCGGUCGAAGCAUUGAUCGACCGGUUGCCGGAUUUCGAGAAAUGCGACGCGGAACGAGCGUUAGUGACGGUUGAGCUGCUGUGUAGGAUUCCGGAAGGCUGUGAGGCGUUUGCGUCGCACGCUCUGACGGUGCCGUUGUUAGUGAAGUUGAUAUUGAAAAUUUCGGAUAGAGCGACGGAGUAUGCUGCCGGCGCGUUGCUUUCGAUUUGUUCCGGCAAUGAACGGUUGCAGAAAGAGGCGGUGGAUGCCGGAGUAUUGAAACAGUUGUUGUUGUUGGUGCAGAGUGAUUGUACGGAAAGAGCUAAACGGAAAGCUCAGAUGUUGUUGAAAUUGUUACGGAAUUCGUGGCCGGGAUAUUCUGUUAUGGAUUCCGGUGAUUUUGCUUGCAGCGACGUCGUUCCAUUUUGAGUUUUUUUUUUAAAUAAAUAGAAAGAAAUACGAGUAGAAUGUUAUGGUUUCUAGAAGGUGGGUAGUGGGGUAUAUAGCUGAGUCAGUUGGGUUACGUUGUAUAUGUAAGAAUUUUUGUUAGUGGAAUACUUUACUUUUUAUUUUUAA